CCUGUGUCAAACCACAUGCUUUUAUUCUGAAAAGGGUGAACCAGAAGUAGUUCUGCAUUGUUUAGGUUUCAUCCAGCUUGCCUGUAGCUGAACAAUGCAGCAGCGAGAAGAGAAGCAGUUGGAGGCGUCGGUGGAAUCGCUGAUAUCUCGGGUGGCUCAUGUUAAAAACGCUCUGCACAGUUUCAUUUAUAAGUUGGAAAAUGAAUACGAGCGUUUAACAUGGCCCUCUGUUUUGGACAACUUUGCGCUUCUGUCUGGCCAGCUGAAUACAAUCAAUAAGCUGCUCAGGAACGAGAAGACACCAUCUUUUCGAAACCAGGUUAUAAUACCACUGCUUCUUUCACCGGACCGAGAUGAGGACUUAGCAAAACUCACAGAGCAGCGUGUUCCAGUGUUCAGCCAUGAGAUCGUACCAGAUUACUUGCGAACUAAACCUGAUCCAGAGGUGGAGGAGCAGGAGAAACAGCUGAGUACGGAGGCAGCACGUAUUGGCCCUGAGGUGGCACAGAAGCAGAUUCAGACAUUGAACAAACUGUGCUCUAAUGUGCUGGAGAAGUUGAGCAACCCUCGUGAAGACAGAGAGGCAGAAAAUGCAGCUCAGCGACAGAACAAACCAUUUUUUAACCCUACCGACACCAAUGCAUUAGUCGCAGCUGUUGCAUUUGGAAAGGGGCUGUCUAAAUGUAGACCCCCAGGCCCCGUGGCCCAGGGACACCAAGGACAGGGGCAAAUGAUGAGUGGAGGUCCAACCUUACAGCAGGUCACCAUUGGUGGUGGUUCAGGCCAGCAGGCAGGUAUGGGAGGACCUGUAGCACCACAGCAGCAAGGACAGCCAGGUAGGAGACCUGGAGACAUGGGAAAAAUGCCCAGCAGCAUCAAAACAAACAUCAAGUCUGCAUCUGGUUCAAUGCAUCCUUACAACAGAUGAGCUCGUUCCUUCUCAUCUGGUCAACUUAUAUGUGUUUUAUUUCAGAGACUCUCCCAACAGUGGUAACAUUAACAGUACAGACACAUCACCUUUUCAUGGUUCGUUAGGUUCGUGGAAUGGACUAACUUAUAAGAAGCUGUCUCUGUGAGCUCUGAAAACAUCUUCACAUCUUUGGUUUUUAAUACCAUGUCUGAUGGAGCCACUAGAUGGCAGUAUGCUGUCAUUAAUGGGAUUCAAGGCGCUUCGUAUGUUUGACUCUUUUUCAAUAAAAUGUGUUCAAAGGA